AAGAAUCAAAAAUGCGAAACGCCACCUAUCAUUUUGCACUGAAAUUACAUUUAUCCAAGUUGUUUUGACAUUUUGCAGUUUGUUUUGUUCGUCAGUGUUUAUUAUUGGAAAUGGGGAAAAAUUACUACUGUGACUACUGCAGCAAGUCAUUCAAAGACAUCCUGGCCAUGAGGAAAAACCAUCUCAAGGGUUUGCAGCAUCAGAGAGCCAAAAGCGAGCACUAUGCCAAGUACAAAACUGUUAAGGAGAUUUACAAGGAAGAGUCCAGGAAGAAGACUUGCAAGCGCAUCUUUGAAGGACAGCCUUGUAAUUUUGGCAGCCAAUGCAGAUUUAGUCACUUCACAGCAGAACAACUUGACCAAAUGAGGCGCCAAAUUGCUGAGACGGAAGCCGCUGAAAACAGGACGAAUGAAUUCAAUCCUGAAGCCAUCAGUAAGAUCCUGAAGAAAGCCUCGGAGAAGAUUCUAUGGGAUAAAUGCUCAGUGAAGCCCUUCUGGUCUUAUCCUUAUGACAUGGUCGAAGGUCUCGAAUUGCCUCCGUCACUCCAGCCAAUUGAUCCCAAACUUCUGCCGGAAAAGCCUGAAGACUGUGAAAGCCUUGGCGAAAGUGAAAACUACCCAUCAGUUAGGUAA